GGAGCUAGGCGGGGAGGCUGGGAGCUGGGCGCCCCUACUGAGGCCAGAGGGGGCUGGGCAGGGCCGACCCGGCGGGAAGGGGGUCGGCCGCGCGCUCUCAGCGCCUCGCUCCUGAGCCGCGGCGCUAGCGGUGGGGGCUUUUCGGCCCCCGCCCCUCCUGGCAGGGCCCGGCCCCGCAGGUGGCCGGGCAGGGCCGAGGGCCCCGCAGCCCACCGAGAAGGCCCCGCCGGCCUCUGGCCCGCCCACCCGGCAACCUGCGCUGUGGCCGCCUGCACGGCCGCCACGAGGUGCAUCGUUGGAGUUUAGUUUCAUCUUCGGGUUUUCUUUCGAAGUGGGAGUGGCGCGCAAGUUGGUGGGCUUCUUCGAUCUUUUAAAAUAGUCUGGGUUGACGUCAAAUGCAGAAAUGAGGCAGUGUUGAUUUUUUUUUUUUUGGCGAAAGGAAUAAUGCUGACAGCAUGUCUGCACAUUCCAUGCUCUGUGAACGAAUCGCCAUAGCCAAGGAACUGAUCAAGAGAGCAGAAUCACUUUCUAGAUCAAGAAAAGGUGGCAUAGAAGGUGGUGCAAAGCUGUGUAGCAAAUUGAAGGCAGAAUUAAAAUUCUUACAGAAAGUAGAAGCUGGGAAAGUAGCUAUUAAAGAAUCUCAUUUACAAAGCACUAACCUAACACACCUGAGAGCCAUUGUGGAAUCAGCAGAAAACCUGGAAGAAGUUGUUAGUGUUCUUCAUGUCUUUGGUUAUACAGAUACCUUUGGAGAAAAGCAAACCCUUGUGGUAGAUGUAGUUGCAAAUGGUGGUCAUACUUGGGUGAAAGCCAUUGGCCGGAAGGCUGAAGCUCUUCAUAACAUCUGGCUGGGCAGGGGCCAAUAUGGUGACAAAAGCAUCAUCGAGCAGGCUGAAGACUUCCUCCAGGCCAGUCACCAGCAGCCAGUGCAAUAUAGCAACCCUCACAUCAUCUUUGCGUUUUACAACAGUGUCUCCAGCCCCAUGGCAGAGAAGCUGAAAGAAAUGGGCAUAUCUGUGAGAGGAGACAUAGUAGCAGUCAACGCUCUGUUAGAUCACCCUGAAGAGCUCCAACCGAGUGAGAGUGAAUCAGAUGAUGAGGGCCCUGAACUUUUGCAGGUGACCAGAGUCGACCGAGAAAAUAUACUAGCAAGUGUUGCGUUUCCAACAGAAAUUAAGGUCGAUGUGUGCAAAAGAGUAAAUCUGGACAUUACAACUUUAAUUACAUAUGUAUCUGCCCUCAGCUAUGGAGGCUGCCACUUUAUUUUCAAAGAAAAAGUGCUCACGGAACAAGCAGAGCAAGAGAGGAAAGAGCAGGUUCUACCUCAGCUGGAGGCCUUUAUGAAGGACAAGGAGUUGUUUGCUUGUGAAUCUGCUGUCAAGGACUUUCAGUCUAUUUUAGAUACCUUAGGAGGACCUGGGGAGAGAGAGAGGGCCACUAUGUUAAUUAAGCGAAUUAAUGUGGUACCAGACCAACCUUCUGAGCGUGCCUUGAGACUAGUGGCCAGUUCGAAAAUUAAUAGCCGCUCAUUAACAAUUUUUGGGACAGGAGACACCCUAAAAGCCAUCACAAUGACUGCUAAUAGUGGUUUUGUCAGAGCUGCAAACAACCAGGGUGUUAAAUUUAGUGUGUUUAUCCAUCAGCCCAGAGCACUUACUGAGAGUAAAGAGGCUUUAGCCACCCCCUUACCAAAAGACUACACAACUGACAGUGAACACUAAAGAUACCCUUUAAAUAUUGUCGUGGAAGUAAGUUAUUUAUACCAAAGGCUGGGUCUUCCCAUCUAAACUGGGGGGGAAAAAGGUCUAUAGUAAAAGUAAAACUUAGAACUCUUAAACCAGUAGAGUUUCUUUGUGUCGCAUCUAAAGUAUAUAACCUCCCAAAGUAGAAAAAGCACAAGAGACAAGCUUAUCUAUCAAACUGUCUGCAUUAGUGCAAUUAAGAACAGAAAUAUAUCUAUAUAAAGCUUUCAGCUGUAUUGUAAUACUUUGAUUCAGUAGGGCUACAACUUCCCUACUGCUAACCACGUUUCAUGGAUUAUGGCUACAUUGCAUCUUGCAUUAAAUAUCUGGAGAAA